AUGGCCCCCAUUGCUGCAAACCAACAAACACCUGACAUGGAGCUGGAGCCUUGUUUUGAUAUUGGCUCGCAGACCAUAACAUUGAACUAUGGCAUCGUCAUCGUUUGUCUGCUACUCGUCUUUUACGCCCUGGCGCUUUGGGAUAGGUGGAUAACAUUGAAGUUGUACGAACGUCAGCGGUUGCAAGGUCACCGUCUGAACGUAAAUUAUGGCGCAACACAAAGCAGCAUUGCUAUCACUCGAACACCUCCGGAACUCGACAAACAAUGUUCAUUUGAAGAUAAUCCCAUACCAACUUCGAACGGCUUCUUGGCUCCUCCAAGACUUGUAGACCAGCGAUAUAUCGGGGCCUAUUGUCCAAAGUCUCAAACGCGUGGCCCUCUAUGA